AUUCAAUUGUAGUGUCGUUUUAAUUAAAUACGCAAAAUUGUGCGAAACUUUUAUUUUACUACCAUGAGAAGAUAACUCUGAUCAAAUUCUGAACGAAAAUGGCACCCGUUGAUCCUUUUACACUAUACGCUGUAGCAGCUGUUGCUAUAUUUAUAAUUAUUUGUAUUGUAACUAUUGUAUCAAAAUUUAAUUCAUGUAAGUUUAUUUCAUUAUAACGGAAAAUGGCACAGAUUUAAGGCUUAAAUGGAGUCUAAUAAAGUUCUGGGCAACUAAAUCUUUGUUUUUGGUUACGCCACUUUGGGACACACUCUUCCCACUUUUUUAACUUUAAAUUUAGCCUAAUAAUUUUAUUUUACACUUUAACUUUAUUAUAGUGGCAGUGUCUAAACAUCCGGCGAUCGGACAAAUAGUGGGGUAGAUAUUCAUCCGGGGGGCAUGUCUAAAUGUCUAGCUUUAUUUACUGUUCAUUGUCACUUUUCAUUGUCCAGACUAUAUUGAAUUUGUUGAAAUGAAGUAAACUCUGAUGGCUUAUCAACGGCCAUGUGAAAAGGCUGAUGGACAAGUAUUAUUGAAAUUUUUGAGCAACUUUGUUAUGGCAGUCAUGUGACUUGGUCGAAUAUAUAAUAUUGGGACUAAUAUCUCAAGAACUUAUUCGUCCGUUUGCCAGACAUGUAGAAACUUCACAUUAUAAUAUAGGCAUACUAUGCCUAAAAAUAAAAUUGUAUGACUAUAAAAAGAUAUAUUAUAGACGCCCUAGACCUCUUCUUCUUAUAUAUGAGGGGCCCACGAUCAAUUUGUUGAUCAUUCUGGCUCCUGGUUUGAAUUCAGAGUUUGCAUUCUCUUAGAUGGGUUGCCGUCCAAGGCUAACAAGUCCCAUCCACAGGGGGUGCUUUGGGAUGUUGGCUUUGAUGGGGAUUGAACACCAGACCACCAUCUAUUUGGUUUGAGACAGUUUAGACUGCUCGGCCACCCAGCUCACCUACUUAAAACAUUGACAGUUAUUACAUUGGUCAGGCUAUUCUCCUCAUUAUAAAUUAAUUCUGGUAAUCUACCACUUCAGCUAAUAGUAUAGUUUCAGAUGCCUUUGAAAUACAGUGUAUCCCAUAUGCUGGGUCCUUACCCAGUACGAGGUGCAACAAAAGCAUUAAUACUUGGUUCAUGAAAUAAUUCUUGAAAACCUAGGUAUUUUUGGGGGAAAUUUGUUGCUUUUUGUUGCAUAGGAAAUCCAAAACGUAAUUAGCAUUAAAGCGGAACUAGCAUGGCAAAUGUUUAGGUUAAUAAAUAGGAUCUGAUAAUUAAGUUAUCAUCGUUUUUCUCCAAAUCUGUUUAACAAAAAACAAAAAAACAACAAAAAAAAAUGGGAAUCAAAGUUCUUAUUAUUUAUUGAGACUAACAGGUUUCUGUUUGAUUACUUUACAUUUUUGUGAAAUGCUUUUUUUUACUGAAAUGUAUAAACUAAGGAAACGCUGGUCUAUGACAUAAGAUAUAGUAAUUUUUCAGGGCGAAAGAUUUUAAAAUAAACAAAAUAAAAACUAGUAAAUCUUGCCUAGGGCCUAAAUUUCAUAUAGUGAUUUUUAAACAUUUUCUUUAGUCUAAGGGCCAUUGGUAGAAAAAUUUUGAAACCUAGUCUCAGGGUAAUUUUUAUACCUAAUAAAAAGUCUUUUUUAAUUUAAAUUUUAAGAAAAAAAAUAAAGAGCUCUUACUGCUUUAAUCUCAGCUUCAGAAAAAGAUGUCAAGCCACCAAGAAAUGCCCCCAUACCGGCCCAAAUCGCUCCUGCAAGACAGGGACCACAAGGUGUUAGAAGAAGGGUGCGUGGAGCAAGGAUGAGAGUUGAAGAAGAUGACUCAGGUGAUAAUAAAGAAAAGCUCUUUUUUUUCCUUGAAUUUAUAUCUUUAAAUCUCUGAUUUUCUUACACAUAUUUAUUAAUGAUAUAACCAAAAUCUUUUAAAUUAUUUUGAACAGUUCAGUAUGAAUAGAUUUUAUAUUUAAUAUCAGUUGUUUAAAUUAUAUCAUGUAUGUUAUUAUUAUUAUUAUUUUAUUUUUUUUCAACAAACUCAUUUCUGGCUUUGCAAGAAGAAUCCAAUCUUAAGCAGGUUAUCAGUUUUUACAAUGAUUUCUUAACUGCUCCACACAGCAAGGUCAGACUGUUAUUACCAGUUGAAAUCUCUUUUUAGAACUGUCAAAACAACUCAUUUUGAGAACAAAGAAAACAAAAUUAAGAUGAUUAAAUUGUCAUCCAUUUGCAGAUGCAGAGGGUGAUGAGGAUGCUCCUGAUAUUCCCGAAGUUGAAGGAAAAGUUGGUGCUAAAAAGAUGAAAAAACUCCAGGAGAAAGCUGAAAGAAAAGCUAUGCGAGAAGUAUGUUACCACAGUGCAGUCAGUUGUUCAUUUCUUUAUGAGUCAAGUCAAGCUUAACUUUUAUAUGGAAACUAAACAUUUCCAGGAUUUAUUAAUUUUUUUUAUUUCCUGUUCCAAUGACCAAUUGUUUGUAAACCCAUGUUGAGACAAACAGGUGGACAUGGGAUUCUCUGGCUGUGCAUUAUAAUAUAUUUUUGGCCCUGUGACAGAUAAAAGAUUUUCAUUCAUACUGUCACUUCCAAUUUUAAAAAAAAAUAAAAAAUUAUUGACUCAACUGGUAUUUUUUAAUUUAGAACUUUUCCAUCCCCUUUAUGGUUCUUUAGCACAAAAAGUCGUUUUUUUAACCUUGAGAUUUCAAUAUUUUAUAGAAUUUUUUUUAUUUCUAAUUUUAUAGACUUUACUAGGAUAAUUGUUUUUAUUUUUUUGUUUCUGUUCACAUUUUGCUAGUCAUAAAGAAUGCAGUUUUUUUUUAAGAACUUAAUAUUUCAGAAUGAUAAUAAUAAUAUAAUAACUAAGCUUAAAAAUUUAAGAAAAAAAUUUAUGUCAAAUUUUAAAGAAAAAAAAAAUUAUGUUUUAUUAAUUUUCUCUACCUCUAAUUGCUUUUUUUUAAAGCAAGAAGAACGAGACAGGGAGGAGAGAAAGAAGAAAGAAAAAGAGCUAGAAGCACAGCGCAAGCAGCAAGAAGAAAUUGCAAAACAGGAAGCUGCUAUCCUGGUAACCAUUGUAUUGUAAUGUUAAACACUUUUGGAAAAUGUUAAUAUUAACAUCAUACCUGUCACAAAUAUGAAUAAAUGGGAGAUAAGGAAUAUGGUAGUUAUUUCUUAUACAAUAUACAGAGUAUUGGGACUUGAGGAGAGAAAACUGGCCAAUGAGGGUGGAGAGUGAAAGUGAAACAAUGGGGGAAGUUGAAUAAAAAUGGAUUUUUAAUCAAGAAGUUUGUAUGAGAAGAUUAAACAGAGGUCGUUGAUGUUUUAAAUGAAGAUUUAUAGUGUGUUGAAAUGUUAUCAAAUAAAGAAGAUUACCCAGAAGUUAGUAAUUGAAAUUCAUAUGAUAAGUUCCGUUUUCGGAUUUAUUUUUGUGAGAAUUAUCUUUUAUUGUGAAUGACCUUGAAUUAGGGUAAUAAAACGGUCCCUAUUUGAACCUCUGGCCUCUGGUAUGAUUUAUGACGAAAUUGUGUAGUGACAAUGCCUUCAUUUUCUAUAGGGGUGUGCCGGAUCCGUUUUUUCCAACCGGAUCCGGAUUUUCUUAUGCGAAAUCCGCCGGAUCCGGAUUCCGGUUUCUCCCGUAUUCCGGAUUUUGGUACUAUUGGUAGAUACUUCGGUAAGUCAAGGUGGACUACUACUUUUUGUGUAUGGGAAUUCGCAAUCGGCGCCAAAAAAUCCGAGUUUUUAAUUUUCCGAUGUGUGUGUCUAUUUAUUAUUAAAUUAGUACUUUCGAUAUAUAUUUGAGUUCCGUUCCAUUUGGAUAAGUGUCUUACGAGAGACGCCAUGUUUCUACGCGUUCGCAGCAGGUCAUGCAGCUCGCUCAACCUAAUUUCGCCAUGGGGUUGGCCACGCCCCCCUUUUUAAUGGCGGAAGUUGACGAUACUUAGGAAAUAUUAAUUUAUUAUCACUAUUUACAUCAAAAUAAUUGAUAACUUGUGUUUCAGAAUGCAUUUAAAGACAUUUAAACUGGAAUGUUUUAAUUUGAGCUUUAACAACCCGGUAGAAUCCAUAUUAUAAAUGAUCAGAAUUUACCGUGUGCAACACGUUGUCAUUGGCAACCAUUCACAGCCACUUGCAUAACUGUAUCGUAGUACUACCUCAGAGUUUCAUUCAUAAGAGUUUGCCGUGUGCAAAAACUAUUAAACCAUUGGUCAGGGAAAGCUUUAAUUAAUUAUUCAUGUGCCAAAGUUGAAAGUUUAAACUAAGUCUAAACAGUAUUUUAGUGAUAAGGCAGGGAAUGCGUUGCCUUAUAUAAACUAUAUAGUCAUUGCGCAUGACGGGAUUGGUGGAAUGAGAUCACAGAAUGUGGAGAUGCAGUCCAUGUUAAAAAAUGACAAACCAAGUCGUACUUUAAAAAUUCAUAACUUUAAAACUACAACAGCUAAAAAUAUGAUUUUGGUGUUAUAAUUCUUUAAAAAAUUACAUCUUUUCAACUAUGCCAUUGGUUUAUUUUUACAAAAAGUUUAAAUUUUCUUAUCAAAGUCCCUACACUAUUGGCCACUAUUAGCGGUGCUGACUCUAGCCUCUGGUAUGUACGGAAUAUUAAACAUUAAACAAGCUCAACGCUCGAAACAAUCGAUUAAUGUAUCGUGAUCGUGUGGAAUUCGGGAAAGAGAAUUACUUUUAUUUCAGAUUAUGAUCCGGUGAGUCACAAAAUCUGGCAAAUUCCGAAAUCCGGUAUAUUCCGGAUUCCGGAAUCCGGUUGUUCCGGAUACAUGUAAAUCCGGCGGAACCGGAUUUCACCGGAUAGUGCAAAAUCCGGCGGAACCGGAUUCCGGACCGGGGUCCGGCACACCCCUAAUUUUCUAUAAAGUGCAUUUUGCUGACCAAGUUAACACAUGGUCACAUAUGGUAUAUGCUUGAUUGUUUAAAUCAUGAGCCAGCCCCCCCCCCCUCCUCCCUCCCCCUUAAGAUUUGGAUGAGGAAAAUCUGAAAAGUGAAUAACCCGCUGAUAACCUAAAUCCAUAAAACAAUAUGCCAGUGUGAACUAGACGGUUUCAAAGUAUAUUGAGGAUGAUAUAUUGGCUACUUCUUUGUUUUUAUGUUAUGCGUUUAACGAAAUGUGAAAGUGAUUGAAUAAAAAUUUGUUUGUUCAAAUUUUUUUUUUAUUUCAGGGAACAUAUUAAUUAAAUUAAAAAUUCAUGAAAGUGCAGAUUAUAAUUUUUCAAGCUUCUGGUAAUAUUUUCAAAACUUGUAGAGGGUACUUUAGACUAGGACAUCAGUGACAUACCUACUAUAACAAUUUAAUUAUUCAUUUUCACCUGGAGAAAAUUUUGAAAAUCCCCUAUGACCCCCCUCAAAAAUUGGGCACCCCACUCAAUUAAAAUCCUGAAACAUUUCAAAACAAGUUGGCUUUAGAAUCAGCAUCUGUUUUAAAAUUUUUGUUGGAAAUGAUUUGAAAUAGUUUCUUUUUUUAUUUAAAUAUUGUUUAUCCUUAGCAUGGGAUGAUUACCAAGGGUUUAUUCAAUAAUGAGUAUGCAGGGGACUUGUCAGUCCUAUUUGUACCCAGAGAGCUUACCUGCAUGUAGGAUACACAUGUUUUCAGGUCCUGUUAGGAUUGGAGUAGAUUCUGUUUUUUUAAUUGCUGUGUGCUUUCUUUGGGUGUUAGCAGUGCAUUUACUCUCAGAGGAUUGUACUCCCAACAGUGAGACCGCCUCGCCAGCUUUUACGAUCCAUGGCAAGUGUUGACCACAAAUUUUGGUCCAUGGAUUAAAGUGAAUUUUUUAUCCAGUUUUUUUAACAUGUCCCUUUGGAGAUUUUACUGAACAUUAGUUGUUUAGGAAGUCUGCUGUGUGGCAUUCUUGUAACAAGCCCCUCCCAUUCGGUUUGUCCUUUUUGUAGGAGCAUCGGCAUGCUGAUCAAGUCAACCCGUUGUAGGACUUCUGCAUCUCUUCUGUUGACUGUCCUGCCACCUUAAGCCCAGAAGUUUGCAUAGACAGAUUAGGUCACUGUCCAAGCCAGCAUAUUGCAAAUUUUAAUAUAAUACAAUUUAAAUAAGUCAAUUGUCAACAUUCUUUAUUAAUAUCAUUAUUUUAAAAGUUUCUGAUUUUUUCCCAAGGAAGAGGAGGAGAGAAAAAAGAAAGAGGAACAAGAGAGAAUAGAACAUGAGGAAUACCUAAAAAUGAAGGAAAUGUUUUCGGUGGAAGAAGAGGGUGAAGCAGACCAGGAUGCUGAUCUAAAUGUAAGCAGGAUUUGUACAGAAAAUCUGAUCGGCUUAGGAAGGAAUUUUAUAUUCACUUUUAAACUAGCCAUAUCUGAUUACAACUACUUGUGUACAAAAAUGACAAAUGGUUAUAUACCUUUGACCAAGAAAAAUGGAUCAGAUAUGAAGCUAAUUAAAUUAUGUAGAGUUUUCAUCAAGAUCACAGUUGUUAUUUAACUGUCAUUUAAAAUAUAUAACUGUGCAUUUCAUUGAUCAAAUAAUUUUUUAACGAAAACCUUGUGUUUGUCUUGAUAUCAGAGUGUUCAAUUAUUUAAGUUAUUUUAAGUUGCAACCUACUGAUAAAAAGUUUCUCGUAAACUAUAUCUCCUUUAUACUUUCACCUUUCUCAGAGUGAAUCUCUACUGGGAAAGUUCAUCACAUACAUCAAGGUAAUGUUUGAAUGCGUUUCUUGAGUUUAUUUAUUUAUUUUUUUUUCUGUUGCUGUAGUUAUUCAAAGCAUUUUAAAUAUGUAUCUCUCAAAACAGAGGAGAAGACUGACAUUAAUACAGCUUUGUGUUGGGAAUUUCCAUAAAGCUAAACUUACAAGGGGAAAAGCUAUGUUAAGAUUGAAAUUAUUUUCUGUGUUUUACUUUAAAUAUUUCUGUGCGUCACUUGUUAAGUGCAUUGGUAUGUAUGAUAUGCAGUAUAAUCUAUAAACUACAAUAGUAAAAAUAUAGAUGCAGGAUUUUUCUAAGUGGUUAUUUAACAUGAUUUAGUGGAGGUUAUAUAACAGGGUUUAUGCACUAACCCAAGUCCGUGGAAAUGCAGCCAGUUUUUUUAUCACAGAUUGAAUUCUUAAGUUUGAACCCUCGUGCUGUUAAGUCCAAACCUCAUUUUUGUCUGUGACUCUUAAAAUAGAAAAAUAUUAUUUAAAAAAAUAACAACAUAAAAGUAAUAUAAAAAUGUGUGUAGAAUCAUUUCAUGGAGUGAAACCUUAAAUUGACAUGUAUUUUACUGUGUGUAGGUAGACUCUAUAUAAGUUGAACACUAUGGUCUAAUAAAUAGAAACAUGGUUUCAGAUAAAUUUCUUAGUGAGCUCUCAUAGUUAGCACACAAAAAUGUUCCCCUCUGUGAUGUUAAAAUAAUCAAGACACCCACAAAGAUAUAAAAGUUUGCUAAACACUGAUCAGGAACUGGAGUCUUCACGGAAACCUCCACAUUGUCCAGUACUUUGGUCAUUAACUAGGGAGCAUCCUGUGUUACAUUGAGAUUACUCAGUGCUAAACACUGCACGGGCAAUGUAGAACAAGUGAUGUUCCUCAUCAGGUUAAAUUCAUUAAAUUUUGUUUUUUUUUAAUUAAAUAAAUCCCAGGAAACCAAGGUGGUAAUGCUGGAGGAUUUGGCCGGCCAUUUUAAACUCAAUGUUCAAGAUGUCAUCCAACGGGUCCAAGACUUGCAGACAGAGGGACGCCUGACGGGCGUCAUAGACGACAGGGGCAAGUUUAUUUACAUCACCAUGGAAGAGCUGGAGGCGGUGGCCCGUUACAUCCGACAAAGCGGGCGGGUCUCCAUCUCAGACCUGGCCGCCUCCAGCAACCGCCUGAUCAAUUUAGAUCCGGAGACCUCGUCGAUAGCUCUGAAAAUGGCGACCGAAGUGACGGAAAUGGUGGGAACGGAAGAAGUGGCUGUGAAUUAAUUCAGUUUGCUACAGGUGUAACUUAUUCUCUAUCUAUGUUAAAAUUAUGCUAAAAGUAAAUAUAAUGUUAUAUAUAAUUG